CUUCACUCAAAGUCAAUCUUUCCCACUUUCCUCUCUCCUUCUCUGUCUCUCUCUCUCUUUCUAUAUAAUCAUCCUUUCACAUUCAAACCGACACCCAUUUUCCCAUUCCACCAUCGCAACUGGUUUCACUUUCAUCACCCACAAACCAACACCACCAUGGAGGUUGAAGUUUUGUCACCGGUAACACCACCGGAGUUCAACUUCGACAGCAACUGUUCUUCUCCAUACAUCACCGCUCCUUCAUCACCUCAACGCUUCGCCAACAACUUCUUCUUCAGUGCCCCUACCAGCCCAACUCGCAUUUCCCCUCUCUUCCCUCAAUCCCCUCAUCCUUUUCACACAGACACCAAUCCCAACCACAACAACAACUACAGUUUUGGCAACGACGACGACUUCCAGUUCGACUUCACCCCUAAUCUCCCAAGAGCAUCUCUUUCCGCCGCCGACGAACUCUUCGAUGACGGAAAGAUCCGUCCUUUGAAACCCCCGCCACCAACUUCUCCGAGAACAAGAAAGAACAAAACAGUUCAUGGAGAAAAAACAUUCGUUAAGGAAACACCGAGAAACGAAGAAGAAAAACGAGGGAGAGAGAGACUUACAUCUUCUGGUCGGAAAGGAAGCAGGUCGUUAUCACCUCUAAGAGUCUCCGACAUCGUGUACAACUCCGAGGAAAAAGAUGUUUCAGAUUCCGUUUCUGUUUCUUCUUCAACAAGCAACAUGAAAUCGUUCUUAUCCUUUACAAAAGGCUAUAGAAAAUGGAAGAUAAGAGAUUUUCUCCUCUUCCGAAGUGCUUCCGAGGGAAGAGCAGACGAGAAAGAUCCUUUGAGAAAGUACACGGCUCUGUCGAAAAAACCUGCGGCGGCGGAAGAAGAUGUUCGGAAUUUCAGUUUCCGGUCUACUGAGAGUUCCGGUUCGGUUUCGAAGCGGCGUGGACCGGUUUCGGCUCAUGAGUUGCAUUACACGAUGAACCGGGCCGCUACUGAGGAGAUGAAGAAGAAAACAUUCUUGCCUUAUAAACGUGGUUUGUUGGGUUGCUUGGGGUCCAAUCAUCGUAUGGAUCAGAUUUCUAGAGGAAUUGGGUCAUUCACACGUUCAUAGAAUCAUAAUCAUAAUCCAUGUUUGGAUUGUUUACUUUUCUUCCCUUUUUCUUUUCAUUUUUUGGGUAGAAUUCUAUGUUGUUGCCAAACAUGUUGUUUUCAUUUUCAGUUUGUUCUUUUGAGAAUGUAUCCACAAAAGAGACUGGAAUUUGUUGAACAUAAUAAUCAUAAGUGUACACUUCACAUGCAAACAUAUAUAAAAGGUUCUUUACAUUUGUUGA